GACGAGAGAACGAAAUGGCGUGAACGGUGUACGAAGAAAUUCUACUUUCAGUUGUAAACAUUUUCAAUUCGGUCGUUGCGUUGGUUAAAUUUUUAAAAACAGUAAGUUUGGGUUUAUUUAGUAAGGGUGUCAAAGUAUCGAAAUGUCACUAUGAGCGUGGACGCAUAUGCCCCAAAUUCCCAAUCCUUGACUUUCCUCGAACCUGAAGAGGACCUCAUUGGGGCCGACACUCAAGGAACUGAUUAUGACUACACAGAUUUCACCCUACCAUCCCAGACCCAGUCACAGACCCAGGCAUCCCAACUUGAACACGGACAAAGCCAAAGCCAGGUGAAUGGUCCAGAAGCCCCUAUCCAGAAUGGGCUGGACAAAGGUGUUGUGGGCAUUGCCCAGGGGGUUGGGGAGCUUACUUUUGAAGAGGAGGAAGAAGAGCAGUUUAUGAUGAAAGAUCUACCGAAGCAUGCCUGCUCAUAUUGUGGAAUCCAUGACCCAGCAUCUGUGGUGUAUUGCAAUAGCACCAAGAAAUGGUUCUGCAAUGGAAGAGGAAACACUUCUGGAAGUCAUAUCAUCAACCAUCUUGUACGAGCCAAGGCAAAGGAAGUGACCCUGCACAAAGAUGGCCCCCUGGGAGAGACUGUUUUGGAGUGCUAUAACUGUGGCUGUAGAAAUGUGUUCUUGCUUGGAUUCAUCCCUGCCAAGGCAGACUCAGUGGUUGUACUCCUAUGUCGCCAGCCCUGCGCAACUCUUACCAACUUGAAGGAUAUGAACUGGGACCCAAGUCAGUGGCAGCCAUUGAUACAGGACCGUCAGUUUCUGUCAUGGCUGGUCAAAGUGCCCUCUGAUCAGGAGCAGAUGAGGAGCCGCCAGAUCUCGGCCCAGCAGAUCAAUAAACUAGAGGAGCUGUGGAAAGACAACCCUGAUGCCACGCUGGAGGAUCUAGAAAAGCCAGGGGUGGACGAGGAGCCAACACAGGUGUUGCUAAGAUAUGACGAUGCUUACCAGUACCAGAACAUUUUUGGACCUCUGGUAAAGUUGGAGGCAGAUUAUGACAAGAAGUUGAAGGAAUCCCAAACCCAGGACAACAUUGUAGUGCGUUGGGAUGUUGGACUCAAUAAAAAACGGAUAGCUUUCUUCCACCUCCCAAAAGCCAAUGAUGAGAUGAAGUUAAUGCAUGGGGAUGAGUUGAGGCUUCGUUAUCAAGGCGAGCUGCACAAACCAUGGUCUGGUGUUGGACAUGUAAUAAAGAUUCCAGACAACCAUAGUGAUGAAGUGGCCAUUGAACUGAAAAGUAAUGCAGGAGUGCCUAGCGAGUGCACUCAUAACUUUGUGGUGGAUUUUGUAUGGAAGUCAACAUCCUUUGACAGGAUGCAGGCAGCCUUGAAGACCUUCGCUGUGGAUGAAACAUCUGUAUGGGGAUACAUCUACCACAAACUUCUGGGACACGAGGUGGAGGAUGUUGUCAUCAAGUGUCAGCUCCCCAAGAGAUUCAGUGUCCCUAACCUCCCGGAGCUGAACCACUCCCAGGUGUAUGCUGUCAAGACGGUCCUCCAGCGGCCACUCAGUCUCAUUCAGGGUCCUCCUGGAACUGGUAAGACUGUGACAUCUGCCACCAUUGUGUACCACUUGGUCAAACAGAACAAUGGACAGGUGUUGGUCUGUGCUCCCUCUAACAUUGCUGUGGACCAACUUACUGAGAAGAUUCACAAAACAGGACUGAAGGUUGUACGUCUGUGUGCAAAGAGCAGAGAAGCCAUUGAUUCACCAGUGUCUUUCUUGGCUCUUCAUAAUCAGAUUAGAAAUAUGGAAAGUGUGCCAGAGUUACAGAAACUGCAGCAGCUGAAGGAUGAGACAGGUGAGCUGUCGUCCACUGACGAGAAACGAUACAGGUCUCUGAAGAAGCAGUGUGAGAAAGAAUUGUUGCAGCAUGCUGACGUUAUCUGUUGUACCUGUGUGGGAACUGGUGAUCCUAGGUUGGCCAAGAUGCAGUUUAGGUCUGUCCUGAUUGAUGAGAGCACACAGGCCACUGAACCAGAGUGUAUGAUUCCGGUGGUGCUGGGAUGUAGACAGUUGAUCCUGGUAGGAGACCACUGUCAGCUUGGCCCCGUGGUGAUGUGUAAGAAGGCAGCCCGAGCGGGUCUGUCCCAGUCGCUUUUUGAGCGCCUGGUAGUGCUUGGGAUCAGACCCAUACGUCUACAGGUCCAGUACAGAAUGCACCCUGCUCUCAGUGCUUUCCCAUCCAAUAUCUUCUAUGAAGGAUCUCUACAAAAUGGAGUUGCACCAGGAGACCGCGUAAGGAAAGGACUUGACAUUCCCUGGCCUCAAGGAGACAAACCCAUGUUCUUCUAUACAACAUCUGGACAAGAGGAAAUAUCAAGUUCUGGAACUUCUUAUUUGAAUAGGACUGAAGCAGCUAACGUGGAGAAGAUUGCCACAAGAUUUUUGCGAUCCAACGUCAAGCCUGAGCAGAUAGGUAUCAUCACUCCUUAUGAAGGACAGAGAGCCUACAUUGUACAGUACAUGCAGUACAGUGGAUCUCUGAACAAGAAACUGUAUCAGGAGAUAGAAGUUGCUAGUGUUGAUGCUUUUCAAGGGAGAGAGAAAGAUUUUAUCAUUCUCUCUUGUGUUCGUUCUAAUGAACAUCAAGGAAUCGGUUUUCUGAAUGACCCUAGACGUCUAAAUGUGGCUUUAACUCGAGCAAAAUAUGGAAUAAUUAUUGUUGGAAAUCCCAAGGUUUUAUCAAAGCAACCUCUUUGGAACCACCUUUUAACUUACUACAAGGAGCAGAAGUGUCUGGUGGAGGGACCUUUGAAUAAUCUGAAGGAGAGCAUGAUUCAGUUCAGCAAACCCCGCAAACUUGUCAACACGUCAAACCCGGGAGGACGUUUUAUGAGCAACAUAAUGUUUGAUGCCAGAGAAGUUCUGAUUCCGGGAAGUGUGUAUGACAGAAGUCGCGGAUACAACGAGCCAGUGGUUCGCACCCAUGACCAGCUGAGUUAUAUUGGUCCAGAGAGACAGUACACAGGCCCUGCCCUGAACAUCCCAGUGCCUGUCAAUAUGUUCAUGCCCCCCAUGCCACAGCCAUUCAAUGGACAGCCAAUGCCAAUGGGUAACAGAAAUGCCCCUACCCAAAGGGGUACGGGACGUCGUCGUGGACAGAAGCCUCCGCGCUACAGCAACACCCAGUCACAGCAGAACAGUUCCCAGUACAGUCAGGGCAACAGUCAGAGCCAGGCCAGUCAGGAUGUAUCCCAGCCAUUCUCCCAGGGACCACUGACCCAGGGGCCUAUGUCUAUGAGCCAGCCCUUCCAGAUGAGUCAGCCAGGCUUGUCUGGUCUCUCCCAGCCAGAGCUCUCUCAGGACAGUUUCUUGGCGGAUGACUUCAAAUCUCAAGCAGAUGGCAUGCUGUCCCAGGACUCCACCUACCAGGGAGACCGCAUGUUUUAUGCAUCACAGUUGUCACAGGGUCCAUUUAAUUAGGACACAGGCAUAGCCAUACUCUUUAAUGGCGGAGUUUGUUCUUAACUGAAAAUAACAAUGAUGCAAAUUGUAUUGAGAACUUGAAACUGACAUGUAGCAGUGUCUAAGAUUAUGAGGAACUGCCUGCCUUACUGCAAAACGUCUACCCACCCUGAGUCACUAACAGCACCCUAAAUCUCUGUCUGGUGCUGGACCCUCACUCACAACAGGUGCUCCAAACACCGACAGUCCUCAAGGGUGUGUGCACACUCCAGUCUGAAGCAGAUCAGACCCACUCAGACAAGUGUACUCAAACAAGGGUGACCUAGCAGUAUGAGGCUAGGCCAGGAGAUCCAUCUUACCAAGACACUGCCGGCUAGAUUGUGUUUACAAUGAUGAUAUGUUAGAGUUGGCAUGUAACAAUAUCUAUAGAAUGAGAUGAUUCGGCAACCUGUCUGUUGCAGCCAUGUUUCCACUUCAGACAGCCAUUUCACCAAACAAUUGUCGACUUUUUGCUAAUUCUUGUAAUUGCCAUCACUUUUUGCCACUUGUAUCUUUAUUCAGUUUCUGUGUUUGUUUUUUUUUUAACCAUCUACUAGUAAAUCUGCUUUUUUAUUUGUCUUUGGUGGAGUAGAUUUGGAUUAUAACAAUACCUGCGAUUCCUUGAUUCUCAACCUGUAGCAUAUUAAGUAGCGUGUUUCGUGUUUGCCAUCUUCAAACAAGCUCACUUCUUUUUAAAUCAAUUUUGAACAAUGAAUUAUUGUUUAUUUACUGAGAAGAAUGAUAAAAUACCUGGUACAAGUCUUUAUGCCGUUUUGCUCUAUGAAAGUGUUGAGGAGAAAGAGAAGAUGAAAUUUUAUUCUGCAUCCCCUUUCAGUUUCCACAUUUAUGUGUAGGUGCUUUACAUGUGUAGCUUAUUCGUGUGUAAACAAACUUUGUGUCAUCUGUUCUCUACAAAACUAGGACAAUAGACCAUAUGUCUAGACUUUUUUUUUAUAAUCAAAAUGAGGACUUGGGUAUUUGUAAUGGCUACAUAAAAAAAUAUUUGAUUGUCUAAAUUAAUUGUUUUGGCCGUUUGUUGAUUGAUGAAAUGAUUUCUUUUGGGUUGCUCUGAAAUGAUUUGGUUUUGAAUUAUAAAUAUUUAGGUACUGUGUGUAAUAAAGCAUAUUCUGCA